AGUUGCUCUUUUUACUCAAGCCCAUGUGCUAUAUAAUCAUGAUAGCUCUUAAGAUUUUGUGUUUUAUUCUUGUGUUACAGUGGGUUACUGCACAGGUGGAAGCAAAUUCCUUUUGCUCGACAAACGAUUUACAUGCCUUAAUUCUAGCUCGCGGGGGCAGCAAAGGAAUCCCACUUAAGAACUUAGUUGAAGUUAAUGGCUUAUCAUUGUUGUCACGUAGUAUUAUAACCAUAAGUAAUUCCAGUUGUUUCAAGCAUAUAUGGGUCUCCACGGAUGAUGAGAAAAUCGCAUUAGAAGCCAAGAAGUAUGGCGCACUAGUACAUAUACGGCCUGAGGAAUAUGCAAGGGAUGAAACUUCGUCCAUAGAAGCUAUCAAAGAAUUUUUAGAAGUACAUCAAACAAUUCAAAAUUUUGCUUUGUUUCAAUGCACAUCUGUAUUUUUAAAAGAAAAAUAUAUUGAGGAAGCGGUUGAUAAAUUUCAGUCGCAUGAUUGUGUGUUUUCUGUUAAAAGAUCCCACCAAUUACGUUGGAAAUUAAUUGACAAUCAAAUUUUGCCUGAUAAUUUUCGUUUGGAGGCUAGGCCAAGAAGGCAAGACUGGAAAGGUGAUCUGGUUGAGGCAGGAAUGUUUUAUUUAUCAAAAAGAAUGCUAGCAACAAAAGGACUUCUACAAAAUGAGAAUUGCGCUGUAGUGGAAAUUGCAGCUGAGGAUGGCCUAGAAAUCGAUACAUAUAGAGAUCUAACCAUAGCACGUUGUAUUAUGGAUAACAAAGCUUAAACCUCUGAAAAUUAUUAUCAAUUAUGAACAAUAUUUUUUUUUUGUAUUUUCAAAAUAA